GCUCACUCCCGCGCACCACGUCCCAUUAUCCCGCCGGCAGCGCGCGCGUCGAUCAGACCUCCAGUCUGCGAGCUCGCAGCUCUCACGGCACUCCUUCUAGUCUCCGACAACCCGGCAACUCCUCAAGAUGACGGUCAAGAAGCGCCCCUCCGACCUGACCAGCCUGGAGAGGUUCAACCUCUACUACAGGGAGAAGGAAGCCGAUCCUCUCACUACCGGGGAGAAGAUCAAACGGUUCAUUUGGAACCCCAAGACCAGGGCGUUCUGUGGACGCACUGGAUCUAGCUGGUCUAAAAUCGCCCUCUUCUAUUUCAUCUUCUACGCGGCCCUAGCCAUCAUGGUGGCGGUGUGCAUGUGGACGUUCCUUCAGCUACUGGACCCUCGACAGCCGAUGUGGCAGCUCGAGAGCAGCAUCAUUGGCACCAACCCUGGACUCGGGUUCCGCCCGACGCCACCAGAGGUCGCCAGCAGCGUCAUCUGGUACAAGGGGAACGAUCCCGGGAGCCAUCAGUUCUGGGUGAAAGCGCUCUCGGAGUUUUUAAAAGACUACAAACACGAAGGCAAGAAAGCCGGUGCUGGUCAGAACAUCCACAACUGUGACUUCAAAUUGCCCCCUCCAGCAGGCAAGGUCUGCAACGUAGACAUUAGUGCCUGGGGACCUUGCGUCGAGGAGAACCACUUCGCCUACCACAAGUCUACUCCCUGCAUCUUCCUCAAACUGAACAAGAUCUUCGGAUGGAAGCCUAAGUUCUACAACAGCUCGGACGCUCUCCCCGCCGCUAUGCCCGACGACUUGAAGGAGCAUAUCAGGAAUAUGACGGCUUAUGAUAAGAAUUAUCUGAACAUGGUGUGGGUCUCCUGCCAGGGGGAGAACCCCGCUGACCGGGAGAACAUCGGGCCGGUGCAGUAUCUGCCGUACCGGGGGUUCCCCGGGUACUACUUCCCGUACACCAACCAGGAGGGCUACCUCAGCCCGCUGGUCGCCGUCCAUCUGCAGAGGCCUAAGACUGGCAUGCUGAUAAACAUCGAGUGUCGUGCGUGGGCGCACAACAUAAAGUACGACCGGACAGAGGGCAUGGGCUCCGUACACAUCGAGAUUAUGGUGGAGUAGCUACUCCACUGCCACAACACUUGGGAGAGAGUGAAUGAGAAACGUUCGACUACUGGUGACAAUGACAGUAGAUAGGACAAUAAAGCCGUGGUAUUCUCAAGGCAAUGUUUGGUAUAUUGUUGCAACCUCAGGGAAAUCAUAAACGGGGUUGCCUUUGGUUAGUUUUACACUACAUUUUUUCUACCACUUUGUGGGGAGAGGUGAAGUAUACGCGUACGGUCACGAGCAUUAAUAUGUAUACACUUUGAUACCAUGUCACAUUAACUUUUUUGACAAAUUGAACUGUAAGUCUCACUAAAUGUCAAAUAUGUUAGUGCGACAGAGUCCUAAAGUGGGUACAUUAUAUUGCUCAUGACUGUACAGCAUACAUUAACACACUGCUGCACAUUCAUAAGAAUAAGAAUUUAAGAAUAAAAUAUUUUUUUGCCAGUAACAUUUCAUAAGAAAAAUAUCUCUAAAAACGCAUACCAAAACAAACCGUGGAAUAAUAAAAUACGAACCAAUCGUUCAUGUACUUCAGCAGAGACUCCCGUCUAUAACUUCUGUCAGGUUGCAACACAACAUACUUCAGCAUCAAUGUUGUCUACCGCAUACGAGUUUUAAAGAUUUUAAGGAAAAUAAAUGGAUUUUUUAAAUUGGAAUUGGAACAUGGACGAAAUUCGCGGGUAAAACGCCUUGCUACCAUAAUAGGCUAGGUUCCAACUAGACAAAUCAGUUACUUUUUAAUAAACGUCGAAACACAAAAUUAUGGAAUUUGUAUGACAAAGCACACUGUGAAGUCAUACAAAAACGUGAUAAAAUGAUUAAAAUUCAUAAAUAAGUUAAAUAGAAAACAGAAAAUGUUUUUCGUUAGUUUCAGAUCUGUCUUUAUUUAGUAAUUAGGAUGUCAUAUUUUUUCUUGAACCACGAAUAAUUUUCUUGAAUAUUUUUUCUUGUACUCGACCGAAUUGGUUUUAAAGUGCACAGAUCAAUAUGAUUUCUAAGGGAAGCUUACAAAAGUUCAUUAUCGUUGCUUUAUAGUGAAAACUUAAGCGCAUUUUUGCAAAAUCACAUUCAGAUGAUUUUUAUUGACAAACCUAGGAUGGACACGCUAAUUUCAAUUUAGAUGAAAGUAGUCUCAAUUUUGUAUGAAAUUAGUAUGUGUUUCCAGGUUUUAUUGAAGAAAAUCACGAAAUCAGAUUUUAGCAAAAAGAUCUAGAAUAUUUUUAUUUUCACGGUAGUGAUAUUGACUUCAGUGUUCGAAGGUCCAUCCAAUGAGGGCCUUACCAAUCGACGUUCCCCAAACACACGAUAGAUGGCGUUAUUCACUUUUAACGUGAUAGGUAUUACCUAUUUUCUCAUUGCUGAGGUACGUAAUUAUUCAAAAAUGUAAUGUAAUGGUAGAAGCAUAAUAUAAAACGAAUUGUUGCUUGAUAUUUGGAUUGCUUCUCUUUAUUUUGAUCAUAAUAAUAAUGGGUGGAAGAUGUAAUUGUAUCUUGGGGUUAAAAGAGUCAUCAUUUCUACCCAAAAACAAAGAUAAAAGAUGCAUUAUGUCUGUUAUCUAUGAAAUUAGAAGUCGCCAUCUAUCGUGUUUUUGAGGAACUCCGAUUGGAAGUCCUCGGAGAGUCCCUCUUUGUCAAGGCUAGUUACAUGUUUCACAAAGAUUGAUUGAAGAAUUCGAAUUCUCUACUUUGGGGGAUUUUACAAAAUAAACAAAAUGGCGUGUCUGGAUUAUAGUGUGACUGUAGAUGUAGUAGUGGUUAUGUUAUUGAGUCAUAAAACAAAUGAACGUAAUAGUCAAAGAACCAAAGAUGAUCGAGCAUGUUUGUUGAUUUUAACGAUUAUGGUAAUGUGAUCAAGAUGUAAGUAAUUUAUUGUAUUAAAUAGUGUUCAAAAAAGUGUUUGAU